AUGCCUCUCACUAACAUUAUGGGAGUUGAGAUUUUUGAUUGUUGGGGCAUUGACUUUAUGGGACCCUUUCCGAAGUCUCAUGGGAAUGAAUAUAUCAUAGUUGCGGUUGAUUAUGUUUCAAAGAUUAUCAUUAGUGAUGGUGGGACACAUUUUAUCAACCGGACUUUUGAUGCUUUGUUGAAGAAAUAUGGGGUCAAGCAUAAGGUUGCCACACCUUACCAUCCUCAAACCUCUGGUCAAGUAGAGGUGUCAAAUAGGGAGGUUAAACGGAUAUUGGAAAAGACGGUAAACUCUUCUAGAAAGGAUUGGGCCAUUAAACUUGAUGAUGUUUUAUGGGCCUAUCGGACCGCAUAUAAGACUCCUAUUGGCAUGUCCCCCUUCCGUUUAUGCUAUGGAAAGAAUUGUCACCUUCCGGUCGAGCUUGAGCACAAAGCUAUGUGGGCUAUCAAAUUUUUGAAUUUUAACUUGGAAGCAAGUGGUGAGAAGCGGAAGCUUGAUCUUUGUGAGUUAGAGGAGAUUCGGGAAGAGGCAUAUGAAAGUGCCAAAUUGUUUAAGGAGAAGACCAAGGUGAUACAUGAUCGACACUUGGUGAAGAAGACAUUUCUUCCCAAGCAAAAGGUUCUCCUAUACAAUUCUAGGCUCAAGCUAUUUCCCGGGAAGUUGAGAUCUAGGUGGAGCGGUCCAUUUGAAGUAGUUGAAGUUUUCCCACAUGGCGCUAUAGCAAUCAAGAACCUCAAUGGUGGGGAACCUUUCAAGGUAAAUGGGCACCGAUUGAAGCCCUAUAUGGACUCUACCUUUGACUCUCAAGAGGAGGUGAUCAUCCUCCAAGAUGUUCCUUGAUUCACUCUUUUGACAUAUGGACCGGCAAUGAAGUCCUUAAACAAAGCGCUCGCUAGGGAGGCAACCCUAGCAUUACUUGUGAUGUUUACUUUCCUUGUUGAUAGUUGUGGUAGGUAGUUUAGUUUCUUUUUCUUUUUGGGAGGUUGGGAGGAGGUUGAA